AUGAAGAUCAAAGCAUAUGCCGACAAGAAGUGUUAUGUAAAACCUUCCUAUAUCAACCUUGGUGAUUCAAUAUUAGUAAAGCGACCAUUCACCAUGAGUAAAGGAUCAACAGUUUAUAAUCCUAACCCAAUGACAGUUGUUAAAACAAGUAUGAUCACCGCCAAGAAUGCAGACGCCUCCGUAACGAGAAAUUCAUCAUUUUUCAAGAAAUUAACCUUUCAAGAAAUCAACCCUCCACAUGUUGAAGAAUACACUGAAGAGUCCCAAAUCCCGGUAUCAUUCUCAAAGGUAAAUCUUCCUACCAUAUCUGAGCGUCAAACCCCUCCUGCCCAAGAAGUAUCAAAAUCACCACCGCAAGAAAAUUCCAGUAAUAAAGAUAUCCAAAACGGUCCUGUUGAAAUUCCUACUGUUAUACCUGAAACUGAACAACCACCGCCACUACGAAGGUCAACAAGGAGACAAAUUCCUAGGAAGAUACUUGAUCUAUAG